CCCGUCGCUGGCACAGUCGUGAGCGUCGUGGUGUCAUUAUUGUCUUUAUCAAUAAUCUCCUCAUUUCUCACGCAAAAGUAUGGUACAGUCAAGAACUGGCGGAUGUUACCAUGCGCUAUGUGGCUCGUUUUCUGCAUAUAUCUUGACUCGUUUCUGUUCGUCUUUGCCACUGCUGUUCUGAAGUUCGGGCUCGGUCUGGAUUCAAGUUAUGCGGUCUGUGACGGAGCUAUUCUGCUUUGUCUUGUUGCCUAUAUCAGCACAAAAGUAGAAUGGUUGUUGCAGCUGAUUUAUUCAUUCCUCGCUGAAAAAGCAUAUAUCAUACGUGGAGGGCUAAAAUCUCGAAUGGAAUCAAAGUUAUGGCUCUUCAACACUUUUGGCAUGCUCGGAGCGUACACUGUUGUUAUCAUCCUUAACUUUGUAUUUCGAAUUGCACGAUUCGAUGAAGGUGAAUGCGUUAUUGGAAUGGAGAGGCGGGCUUUGUUGCCAUUGAUUACGUUUGACCUGGUUCUCAAUGUCUACCUUACCUUGUUAUUUCUCAUACCUGUCACAGCAUUGCAUUCAUUCAGGAUCAAACAGAGAACGCAGAGGAGGACAGAGAUCCACAGAAUGGCAGUGCGGACAUUUUUUGGGUCAAUGUGUACGCUUACAAGCAGCAUUGUAAAUCUGUCUGUUUUAACAGUUCUCAAUGGUGAGCCAGGGUGGCUUUGUCUCCUGUGCUGUAACAGUGAUGUUCUCUUCUCUGCUCUGAUGGUUCACUGGGUUACAUCUCAUGAUCACAUAGGCAGC